AUGGACACAGUCGAGUCGAAGGAGGUAGCGACUUCUCAUGUCGAUGAUGCGUAUGUUGCCAAACAGUCCAUGGUGAUGGAUGGAAAUGGCCGCUGGUGGAACUGGCGCGUUAUUGCGAAUCUCGUUAUUGUCGGUUUAGCAAUGGGGCUAUUCGGCUACGACAAUGCCUUCGCCUCGCCUCUCGUCUCGCUGCCUUUAUUUGUGGAGAGAUAUCAGGGCCCUGGAUUCCAGGGAGCUCUCGUGUUUUCGGCUAGAAACUUGAGCCUCAUCAUCUGCAUACCCCUGGUUGGAGCGGCCUGUGGUGCCUUUGCAGCCAUCCCUGUACAAAAGCAUCUUGGCCGCAAGGGGGCGUAUAUACUCGCAUAUUCACUUCUUUGCGUCCCAAGUUCGAUAUUGCAGGUGUUUGCUCCAAAUUUAGGGGCCCUUGUUGUUGGACGUUUUGCAAACUACGUGGGCGUCAGCAUCCUCACGAACGUCUGUCCCGUUUACCUAUCUGAACUGAUCCCCGCCCACUUCCGCGCCAGAGCUGUCGGAUUCACUGUUGCCGGUAGCGGCGUGCUCUCCGUCGUCGCCACAGUCGUCGUAUGGGCCACGGAAAAACUUGGAGACCAGUGGCAGUACAAGAUCCCGCUCCUCGUCCAAGCUGUCUUCCCUGCCACGCUCGCCCUGCUAUCUCUUUUGCUGACGGAGUCUCCUGUCUGGCUGCUCACCAAGGGGAGACAUGAUGAUGCCCGAAGGAACCUGCUCCUGCUCCGCGGAGCCAACGCUGCUCUUGUUGAGAAAGAACUUGCCCUGGCGGCUGCUGCUUUAAAGUCGCAUUCCGAGCAGGCCAAUGUGAAUGUAUGGGAGAUUCUGAAACCAGCGAACCUCGAGAGGACAAUUUCUGCGUCUGCGCCGCUGUGCCUGAGUCAGGUCGGCGGCCAGAUUCUAGUUUUGACGUAUUCGACGGUUAUUCUGGUACAGAGCGGCGUAGCUGAUCCAUUCAAGAUCACAAUCAUCAUCUUUCUGCUGCAGUUUCUGGGAACGCUCAUUGGACCAUUUCUACUCGACAAGAUUGGGCGGCGGCCGGUUGCCUUGGCGGGCUUUGUGGUUUUAUUUGCGAUUGACGUUGUGUGCGGUGCGAUGGCCUGCGCUGGGCUGGCAACUCAGUCUCAGAGGAUCGGGUUGGCCGCGCUGUGUAUUGUCUUCAGCUUCACCAACGCCACUUGUUUUCAGUCGAUCGCGUACGUCUUACCAACGGAGGUUCCGACAUCACGACUUCGUGAGUCAACCAUGGCUUGGACCACGUUUUGGAGCUACACUACGGCUAUUAUUACCACAUUUGCUGUUCCUCAAAUCACCAACGCAGAUGCGCCUGAAACAUCAAACCGGACUCUUGCGGAGAUCGACGAGUUGUAUGCUGAAAGAAUUCCGAAGCGACACUGGAAAGGGUACAAAUCUACUGCAAACGAGAUUGAUAAUGACAAUGCGGACCGCUAG